UUUGCUGCAGCUGUGCAUCUCGUGGCGGGAGAUCCUUGCGGUUGUGACCGACACACCGGAACGUGCGCUGAAGCGACACAGCCCUGAAGAGUGUGAAGGGGCUGGUUGCUCCGUGAGGCCUGAGAGCUGGUCCGGGGCCCAGUGAGUUGGAGCUGGUUCGAGCGUGGCCGGUGGAGAGCGGAGAUCGCCUGAGGCUUCCUGGUUCUCUUUUGUGUCCAGUUGUGUGGUCAUCAUGCCUCAAACACGAUCCCAGACACAAGCCACCAUCCAUUUUCCGAAAAAGAAGCUGGUUAAGACUCCGAGCAAAGCGAGUCCCAAGGACAGUAAAGUACAACUUAAAAACGUGCAGGCUGUACCGGCUACUCCGUGUGCGGACACAAAGCUUCUGCCUCUCAGUCCCAGAAAACGUUUGGGUGAUGACAAUCUGUGCAACACUCCUCAUUUAUCCCCCUGCUCCCCACCAAAGCUGGGCAAGAAAGAAAACGGCCCCCCUCGCUCCCAUACCCGGAAGGGCUGCAGAUUAGUGUUUGAUGAUGAGCUGACAGUUAAGUCUUCAAGCCAAAAAGAACAAGACCAAGUUCACCAAAACCAAAUACUUUCCUCAGCUCAAAAAGGUCAAGAGAGCGAAUCAAAUUCUGAGCAGAAAUGUCCACCAGAGAAGGAAUCUGGACGCGUGAGACUGUUCAAGCAAGAAGGCACUUGCUACCAGCAAGCAAAGCUUGUCCUAAACACAGCUGUCCCAGAUCGGCUGCCUGCCAGGGAAAAGGAGAUGGAUGUCAUCAGGGCCUUCCUGAAGAAACACAUCUGUGGGAAAAAAGCUGGAAGUCUCUACCUCUCUGGUGCUCCUGGGACAGGAAAAACUGCCUGCUUGAGCCGGAUUCUGCAAGACCUCAAGAAGGAAGUGGAAGACUUUGAAACCAUCAUGCUGAAUUGCAUGUCUCUGAGGAGUGCCCAGGCUGUGUUCCCAGCUAUUGCUCGGGAGAUUGGUCAGGAGAAAAUAUGCAGACCAGCUGGGAAGGACUUGAUGAGAAAAUUGGAAAAGCAGCUGACUGCUGAGAAGGGCCCCAUGAUCGUGUUGGUGUUGGACGAGAUGGAUCAACUGGACAGCAAAGGGCAGGAUGUCCUAUACACGCUAUUUGAAUGGCCGUGGCUAAGCAAUUCCCGAUUGGUGCUCAUUGGUAUUGCUAAUACCCUAGAUCUCACCGACAGAAUUCUGCCGAGGCUUGAAGCUAGAGAAAACUGUAAGCCACAGCUACUGAACUUCCCACCUUAUACCAGAAACCAGAUAGCUGCAAUCUUGCAGGAGAGACUCAGUCAGGUGUCAAGAGACCAGGUUCUGGACAAUGCCGCGAUUCAGUUCUGUGCCCGCAAAGUGUCUGCUGUCUCAGGAGACAUCCGGAAAGCACUGGAUGUUUGCAGGCGAGCUAUUGAAAUUGUGGAGUCGGAUGUCAAAAGCCAGACAGUCCUCAAACCGCUGUCUGGAGGUCAGUCACCCUCCGAGGCGCCGGUUCCCAAGCGCGUCGGCCUUACUCACAUAUCCCAAGUCAUUUCGGAAGUUGAUGGGAACCGGGUGACUCUGAGCCAGGACCAGGCACAAGGUUCCCUCCCUCUCCAGCAGAAGAUCUUGGUUUGUUCUCUGCUACUCCUGACCCGGCGGCUGAAGCUCAAAGAGGUCACUCUGGGGAAGUUAUACGAAGCCUACAGUAGCGUUUGUCGCAAGCAGCAGGUGGCAGCUGUGGACCAGUCCGAGUGUUUGUCCCUUUCAGGACUCCUGGAGUCCAGAGGCAUCUUAGGAUUGAAGAAAAAUAAGGAAAGCCGCCUGACCAAGGUGUCUCUGAAGAUUGAAGAAAAAGAACUAGAGCACAUUCUGAAAGGCCAAACUUUUGUUGGUAAUAUCCUCGCCGCGGGACUGCCCUGAGGGCCUCUCUUCCCCCACCUGCAGCCGGCGGCCCUUGGCAGACCAGGGAGUCUCCAUUAUUAGGGCCCUUUGGAAACUGUCGUGACCUUUUUUACUCAGCACCGGUACAUUUUAGUGUGUUGAUUCAUGAGUGUUAGCACUAAUAUCUUCGGCUCUUACUGUUUUUAUCCAUGAAAAUGACCGAGUAGCUGGGUGUGAUGGCAUAUGCCUGUGAUCCCAGCACAUGGAAAACAGAGGCACAAGGAUCCGGAGUUCGAGGCCAUUCUUUGCUAUCUGGUGAGUUUGAAGCUGGCCUGGACUACGUAAGACACCUUAAAAAUGAAACCAAUGACCCCUUUGAAAGUAAUAUUCGGUACCUUUCCCAUACCUGCAAGUAUAGGCAGACCUGUGUUGAAGGGUUUGUAUAUAGUCACUUCUAAAUACAAACAAUAUAUUUUGUAAAGAA